AUAUGGUUUUUCUUCACCAUAACUAACUGAGGUUAAUUUGAAGACAACUGACCAAAGGAGUUAAGACAGUGAAGGCUACUGACAAAAGGCUUUGUUAUUUGGUUCUCUACUGCACAGAAAUAGAUAGAAUUCUGACAGGCAUCAUUGUUAAGCAUCAGGAUUUUCUAAGAGGACAGACUUAACAGUAACAUCAUGGCCUCAGCAGGACUCCAGCUCCUUGCUUUCAUCCUGGCCUUAUCUGGGGUCUCUGGAGUACUCACAGCCACUCUGCUGCCCAACUGGAAGGUGAAUGUGGAUGUGGGCUCCAACAUCAUAACAGCCAUUGUGCAGCUGCACGGGCUCUGGAUGGACUGUACGUGGUACAGCACCGGGAUGUUCAGCUGUGCCCUGAAACACUCCAUUCUGUCCCUCCCCAUCCACGUGCAGGCUGCGAGAGCCACCAUGGUCCUGGCGUGUGUUCUGUCUGCUUUGGGGAUCUGCGCUUCCUCAGUAGGAAUGAAAUGUACUCGCUUAGGAGGGGACAGAGAAACCAAGAGCCAUGCUUCCUUUGCUGGAGGAGUCUGUUUCAUGUCUGCAGGAAUCUCUAGUUUAAUCCCGACAGUGUGGUACACAAAGGAGAUCAUAGCAAACUUUCUGGAUCUAACAGUUCCAGAAAGCAACAAACAUGAACCUGGAGGAGCUAUCUAUAUCGGAUUCAUUUCCGCAAUGCUGUUGUUUAUCUCUGGCAUGAUCUUCUGCACCUCCUGUAUAAAAAGGAAUCCAGAAGCUACGCUCGACCCACCCACGCAGCCUAUCUCUAACACACAGCUCGAGAACAAUUCCACACACAAUCUGAAGGAUUAUGUGUAAAUAACUGAGUAAUGCAUAUGAAAUGGAACUUUUGGGUGCCAAAUGGGACUUUCAGAUUAAAAAAAAAUCAGAAUUAUGCUUAACUUUCCCUACAAAGAAAGCAGAAUGUAAAAUAACAACUACAAGGUAGUUUAAAAUGCCAAUAAAACUAUCAUAUACAAUUACAUCUGUCUGAAGAGUUCUUUAUUUUUUCCAUUAUUGUUUCCAUGUUUUACUUAAAGAUUUAUAAUUGAAAGAGGUUCUGAUUACAUUCAUAAGGCAAUUAAUUGAUAACUUUUUCUUUUUUAAGAUAAU